UGCCGCUCGCGUGGUGUCCGUCCCAAGUGACCGGCAAAGCGAACGGGGGUCCCAGAGAACGCUGCCGUGUGCGUGCGAGGAGUAUCCUCAGAAAGUCGCUUGGAAGUGAGGACCCGUUUGCGCGCGCCCGCGUGAGUGACGCGGGCGUAUAAGUUUCUUUUGCCGUGUGUGUAAGUGCUUCGUCGUGUGUGGAUGUGACCUUUUAUUUAUUGAUUUACAUUUUUUUCUGGUGCCACCCCCUUCCCCACCCCUUUGUUUUGUGUGCGUGAAUUUUUGCUUUCCACUGUCUCUGUUUCUUCGCAACAUCAGUGAGUGCAACCGUCGUGUCAACAACAGAGUGUCGGCGACCGACUCCCUUCAAGCACAGUUUUCAAUUGGUUUCGUAUUUUGUUUGUUAGGCGCGCUGUGUUCUGGCAAGUGGUUUGGAAUUAUUGCGCCGCCGGGAUUGUUCUUCUUGUGGAAGACAGUGUGUGUGUCCCAACGCCGCCGCUGCUGCUGCUUGUGAAGCGAGUUCUUCAAGUAUAUUAAUCGAGUCAUCGAAAAGUGUGUUGUGUUGUCGUCCGGAACCAACAGCUCGCUGUUGCUAACUCCAUGGUCCCCAGGGAAGAGUAGCAUAGACAGAAAAGUUUUUGCAGAGAUGGCACAGAGGUACGACGAUGCCGUGUCGCACUAUGGCGGCAGCGCCGGGGGUGGCGGGGGUGCUGCGUUGGACGGCCCCCUCUACGGGGGAGACCCACACUCACGCAUGCAGCCCCUGGCUCACAGCCCCCACCCCAUGAACCCCAUGUAUGGAAACCAUGCCGCCAUGGCCAACCACGUCAUGGGUGCUGUCCCGGACGUGCACAAGAGGGACAAGGAUGCCAUAUAUGGCCACCCUCUGUUUCCCCUUCUGGCCCUGAUCUUCGAGAAGUGCGAGCUGGCCACAUGCACACCACGUGACCCGGGCAUCGCCGGAGGGGACGUCUGUUCAUCAGAAUCCUUCAACGAAGACAUUGCCGUCUUUGCUAAACAGAUAAUGAGUGAAUAUCCUCAGUACACCUCCAAUGAGGAACUAGACUCUCUAAUGGUUCAAGCCAUUCAAGUCCUCCGGUUUCAUCUUCUGGAACUGGAAAAAGUUCACGAGCUGUGUGACAACUUCUGUCAGAGGUACAUCAGCUGUCUGAAGGGUAAAAUGCCGAUCGACCUGGUGAUCGACGAGCGCGACAGCAAGCCGGGCGACCUGGGCGACAACAACAACAACCACAACAGCAGCGGAGGGGGCGGCACUGGGGGCACGGGGGGAGGAGGGGGUGGCGGACGCUCCAGCCACAAUCCAGACACCACAGGCCACAACAGCACCGACAGCUCCUCCACGCCGGACCAGGGUUACGGCAUGGAGGACAUUGAACCCGGCCCGGGAGACGAUGGUGUCGUAGAAGGCCAUAGCCCAUACCGGAGAGCCGUCGGGAGUACUGCAUGGCAAUACCCAAAGUUCAGCAACUCCCGCCCCCCCUCUCAGUCGCUAAGCUCGUACGGGGGAGCGGGAGAAGACGUUCGCUCUCCGACGGGUUCCACGGGCACCCCCGGCCCCAUGACGCAACAACCCAGUUCACAACAAAGCACCGACAAUAAUAGUGAAGCAGGUAAGUCGGUGGAUUCCUUCAGCCUCGGACUCUCCCCACACGGUGAUGCGAGCGUUGGCUCGGGCGACGGGACGGGAGAAGACGAGGACGAGGACAGGGGCAAGAAACGCCAGAAGAAGCGCGGCAUCUUCCCCAAGGUGGCCACCAACAUUAUGCGCGCAUGGCUCUUCCAACACCUCACGCAUCCGUAUCCCUCUGAAGACCAGAAAAAACAGCUGGCCCAAGACACCGGACUAACCAUCCUCCAAGUCAACAACUGGUUCAUUAACGCGAGGCGGCGAAUCGUGCAACCAAUGAUCGAUCAAUCUAAUCGAGCGGGUGGAACGAUAGGAGGCGCAAGUGCGGCGUAUGGACCUGACGGUGGAAUGGGAUACAUGAUGGACGGCAGUCCGCAGAUGCACAUUAGGCCACCAGGGAUGCAGAACCUGUCGUGCAGUGAGUCUUCUAUGGGGAUGGGCCCCAUGGGCGGCAUGGGCAGCUACCCGCAGAUGUCGCAACUGCGGUCGCCGCCCCAGGCCAUGCUCCUACCGGGUCACCCCCACGCCAUGAUGAUGGCACCAAUGGGCCACCCCGGUUUGCCACCUCAGAGCUCCCCUUAUGAUGGACAGCACAUCAUGGACAUACACGCCAGCUAAAAUGGGAUGCCAGCCGCGUUGCUUCAAGGCCGUGUGGCGUUCUCUUCGUAGCCCUCGUCCUCGGUGCACCUCCUCUUCUUACGAUCCUCCUACGAACUCAUGACGCUCAUGAAAAACUGCGGUCUCUAUAUGCCAAAUUCAUUAUGUUCCUUCUUCUUUGAAUGUUCCUCCAAGAAGGUAUGCCGACGCACUAAGAUUACAAGGUCCGCUGCCAAGUGGCGCCCCCAUCUAGGCACAACCAGCGCAGAGUAGUGCAUCUACAUCGCAGUCUGCCGGUGUGCCUUUUUUGUGCGAUUGAGUUGUUCAACACUGUCUUUUGUGCUCGUCUGUUCCAACGCAACCCAAGCUGAGGAAAAAUUCGAGGUGGAGCCUACGAUGCAAUUUGUGUGUACUUUUCUGUACUGUCCAUAUGGCGCUGAAGUGCCCCGCACGUGUCUAAAUGGAUUCUGAAUACACCUCAGCGGCGCACUGAUUUUCGAGGGCAAAAUCUUUUUCUCCUGUCACUUUCAACUGCGACCUUCUGCACGGUACCAGUCAAGCAUAGGUUCUAAGUUGUCACUGCGAUCCGGAUUAUUUUAUAUUCAAAUAGAGACCGCAAGACGAGCGUUCCCGCAAAGAGGAGCCGUAGACCCCCUUCUUUAUAUUUUUUCUAAACCGCGAGUCGCGAAUUAAACGCGAAAACGACGUUCUUUUUUUUUCUUUCUUUCUUUUUGUUUUUUGUAUAUCUGUCACAAUAAUUCGCAUGAAUGCGACACGGGUCGCACAAAGUGUGGCACUUUUAUGUUCCUCGGUUGAACCCAAUAGUCACGCGAACCACGCGAACACAUUAGCAUAUGCACACUUUGUGACAUCGUGUACGACGGGGAUCGUAUUCGUUACGAUGGUUUGAAGCCUCCUGGGGUCUCGGGGUAUACCCUCAUACAUGUAUACAUAAAUAUAUGGACCACAAACCGUAUACGUAAAGCACUCGCGAUGAUACGACAGGAUCUUCAAUCCUCCAACCUAAUUAUCAUCGCCGCUGUUUACCUCGUCAAGUGUGGAGAGGGAGAAAAACGCCCUUUUCUCAUCCGGUGACUCUUGGUUAGUACGUCCAUAUUUCUCUAUUUCAAUGUUUUGUCUUAAAAGGACAGUCUGAAGAAGGAAAGAUGACACUUGUGAGGGCGCCACCAGUAUGUCCUUCACAUUUUUCUUUUGUCAUAUCUUCACACCAAGUCGUAGCACGUAGCACGUGACUUUGUUUUCCCGAUUCGUUCGUGUGAUUCUCACAUGUAAUGCAGCGGCUGAAUUUCACUCACACAAACACUGUAGAGAGCCGUUUUUUAUUUUAUUUUUUUAUUCAGAGUCCCCUUUCGCUCGUACUGGCAACUAAGAUACGUAUGUACAAAGAAAGCGAAGAGCAGAGAAAAAAUAAUCGCAUCUCUAGUUAUAUAUAUAUAAAUAUAAAUAUAAUAGUUUAUAAUAUUUCACCCAGUGGUUGCUGUUUUUGAUGCUCCUCCGUCACUACCGCUAAGCGCGUGGUGGCGCCGCAGUGCGGAGCCACAUGACAGCAUAAUUGCUGUCUCCCUUCCCCAUCCACCCUUUCUUCUUUUGUGAUUUCCACGACAUUUGAGAAAGGUUGGCUUACGAACGAGGUUUCCUUAUGUGGGUUUAAUCCAAGACGACAACGCGUGCAUCCUGCACUUGUACAUAGUCGGUGUGUCAUACCUUCUCUCUUUCCUGUGCGUUUUUUUUCUUUGUUACGUGCGUAUACGUGCAUGUAGGUGUCAGUGUUCGGUACAUUUUUUCUCUGCCCGAAACCUAACACCGUAAAGAGUGUGUCUGUGCUGAUAUAAAAUGUUCACCGCGACAACAGGGGGUCAAAUCGAAGGCGAUACAAUAGGAGAAGCAUAGAGAUAAAGUGUUUCGGUUAAACUGUAUCCUGUUGGGAUAUCCAUCUAUCCAUCUGGACAGACUGGAGGGGAAUUCUUAGAGCUGUUCGCUCAACCUAAUAGAGGCUCCCUGUUGCUGCGUUCAUUGCAGGGUAUAUUUUUUGUGUGUCUUUACUGUACGGUUCACAAGUUGUAUACGUAUCCCUUUCUGACCGGACAAUGUUUUCACUGCUGCGCGAUCAACUAACAACUGCCCCCCCCCUCCGCAAAGCGGUACUCAUGCUGUGAACUUGAAGCGGUUCAGCUAGCAAGCGUCGUGUUAUCAUGUCAACCACGUGAUCACCGUACAUGUCAUCAGCAUUAUCCACCCUUUACGAACACGGCGUAGACACCACGGAAAAGCUCGCAUUGCUUCGCAUUGCGUUACGUUGUGAGAGUCUUUCACGUGCGAGCACGAUCUUCUUUGAUAUUGGCGCUCAAGCAUGUCUGCUUCAACUCAACCUUGUGGACAAAGGACAAAGCAGGUGCGAUGGAACACUUUGCCACUUAACAAUUAGUUUUGAAAGUUCUCUUGUGUAGAGAGUAACGUAGAAGGUACCGAAAACGGAAAGUAAGGAAACAAAAAAGGCAUGAAGACGAAGACAAAUCUAUGGAGGAAAUUCGGCAGCCGUAAGGAUCCAGGAUUGAUCCAAGAUCUGGUGUAUAUCAUACCACUUCCUGGAUCAAACACUUCCGCGUAGAGGAACAGUCAUAUGAAAGUUUCAAGCGUCAACAUUGAGCCGUUAAAAUGUUACGAUCUGGAUACACGCGUUCUGAUCUGGUUUACACGAUCUGACUUACCUGCCGGAUCGGGAUAACCAUGUCAGGAAACGCACAUUUUCUUUUUUAUUUCUAAACUUUUACCAAGGUAAUGUUGAAGCAUGGAAUAUUUUUACAUAUCGAGUCCUGACCAGCAUGUUAGACUUCCACGCCACCUCAUUCGUUCGUGGUAGUUUUCCCUUGGGUCCGUCAGGAUGGCGACUGAUUUUCUCGCCAUAGCCAGUACUAUUGUGGCGAAAAAUGAAAAAUCCGGCGAUCCGUUAGCGUUAAGUGAAAGUGGAAGUCUGAAAUCCCUGCGCCCAGUCUCCUUCCUAACUAGCGGCUUCCGAUAUGAGGCUUUUACUUUGACCGGUAAUAUUGUGACCUUUACAAUAUGACGGUUCCUCCGCGUGGCGGCGUUUGAUUUUACGCUUUUCGCGAAGAUGGCGCUAGUGAUUGGAUCCUAAUCAGAAAAUGGAUCACGAUGGUCUUUUUUUGCUUUUAACCGUGCAAGUGCUACCCAUGCCACCUGAAUCCUUUGCAUAUUCCACUCCGUGCAGUGGGCGAAUACGGAAAAAGGCGCGACCCGCCUUAAAAGAAUGUAUCCAUGGAGCCACCACAACAAGACAACGUUAUACGUAUUUAGCGGAUUGACGGACAAUCCUUUCGUUCUAUCUAUUCCUUGUUUGGCCCUUUCGUUUUGAUACGCGCCUAGCACACAUCCUCUAUUUGUAAGUGUACAUAGACAAUUUUGGAAGGAAAGGAACUUUUUGUUCGCAGAAUAAACAUCCCGUUGUGUUACUUU